CGUGACGUUCGGAUCGUUCUUUCUUCCCGAUUGAGAAGUUCUCCGUGAAAGUGGGCGCGGGAGAGUUAUUAGGUGGCUGGAUAUCCUGAGACCCUCAGCUGGACUCUCAGUCUUUUUGUGGAAUAUUUAUUUCCGGUAUCUCACUUCCUUCUUAAAAUCUGAUCACUGUAUUAAAGUAAAGAAAGAUAUUAAGGUGUUACGAUGUCAUUUUUCAUACUGGAUGGAGGAUGGAUAAAGUAAAAGAAUGUGCUCAGCAAGUGAGCAUUACUUGUGCUAUCCUGGAAGAUGGCCGUUCUUCUAUCAACGAUGACGAUUAUGAUUUUAAGUCUUACGGGAGCUCACCCUAACGAGAUUUGCAACUUCAACCAUCUUUGCACUUGCAGAAGGUCACAUCAUGAAGUCAUCUGUAGAGGAGUUCCUUUCUCAGAUUUCCCUUCUUUGUCAUCCGAAACUAUCUAUCAGGUCACUUUGAUCCGUUCAGGAAUGGAAGUAUUGCAGAAUAACGUAUUCGAAGGUACUAGUGUUGCUUCAUUACAUUUGAUGCAGAACAAUAUAAUAUCCCUUUCUCCCAGAGUUUUCAGUAGUCUGGAGAAUAUUCUCACAACUCUGGACUUAAGCCAAAAUCAAAUAAAUCAUUUUCCUUUGUCCGUCCUGAGUUCCUUAAAUAACCUACAAUGGUUGAACUUGCAAGGAAAUCAACUGGAUGAUGUGCACAGUUUUAUAUGGUCUCAACUCAACAGCAGAUCGACUCUCAACAGUUUGUUCCUUGGAUCCAACUACAUCACAAGCAUACCAGAAGGUGCCUUCGUAAAAUUAAAUAAUCUGAGAUUAUUGGAUAUUGAUGGAAACAUAAUUCAUGACGUUGGUAGUCAUUCUCUGCCUCGCUCACUCCAUUCCCUCUCCCUAUCUAAUAAUAUACUUAAGAAAGUGCCUCUGCAUGCUCUCUACACACUGAAAAAUUUGCGUUUCUUGUAUCUAUCUGGAAAUCUUUUCCGUAGGUUGCCAUGCCCCUUUCAUCUGCAUGCAACACAUUUAGAGAAAAUGGAACUCAGCAAUAAUAUGUUAACUCAUAUUGAAGACUGCGUGUUCAAUGGGUCUUUUACUAUAAAAGAACUGCAUCUUGAUUUCAACUUUAUGAGAAAUCUUUCAGCUAGAAGUUUUAAAGGAACGCGGCUUGAGAGACUGAUUUUAGCAAACAAUCGUAUAAGCUUCAUUCAUUCGGAUGCUUUCGUUGGCAUAGAAGAAACUCUUACAACUCUUGAUCUAAGUUUCAAUCUGCUGGAAAUGUUUCCUUCUGCUCUCAAUAACCUUAAAGUAUUGUUAUAUUUGUCGUUAAAGAGUAACCUUCUGAAACAGCUUGGGAGAAAUGAUAUGAGUGGUUGUAGGCGCUCUUUAGAAGUCUUAGAUCUGUCAGGAAACCUGUUUCAGCACGUUCCUAAGAAGGCACUGAAAUCUUUGACGAAGCUUCUACGUCUAAGCUUGCAAGAUAAUCAGAUUCAAAAAGUGUAUCGUGACGAUUUUGAAGGGUGGGGUGGAACGCUUACAACUCUAAGCUUAGCCAACAACAAAAUGACAUACUUAUCCGGUGGAACUUUCCUAUAUUUGACAAAACUCAAAGAACUGAAACUUUCUUUUAAUAACUUAAUGUACUUAGAUCAAAAUGUGUUUCUACCUCUUAGAAAUACAUUGGAAGUUCUUGACUUAAGCUCAGCAUUUUCCGAUUACAAUCAUCCUAUAGAUUUAUUUAUUCAAAAUCUUGAUCGUUUAGAAUGGCUGCAACUGGAUUAUAAUAAUAUAUCGCCAUUAUCGUCUUCUAGUAUUCAUUCGCUAUCAAAGUUGCGUCAUUUUGAUAUAAGCAACAACAACCUAGAAGAAAUACCUGUCGAUUUAUUUCAGGCGCAGACGCAUACAUAUCUCAGUGCCGUCCAUAUUAGUAACAAUGAGCUGAAAGCUAUCAAAAGUGGAACUUUCGAGAGCAUGCCACACCUAUCGACUGUUGUUUUAUUUGGUAAUAAAAUAAAUACUCUGGAAAGCUUUUCGUUUUCUAACUGUACAUAUUUACAUACUAUUGUACUUUCUAAAAACAAUUUAGUAUCAAUAGAAUCUUCUGCUUUCCACAACCUGAACAGAUUAUCAAACAUAUUUCUACAGGAUAAUCAGCUGCAAUCCUUUUCGUUUGAUGCGAUCACAAGCGAAACUUCGAAACUUUAUUUAAACCUUUCCAGCAAUGCAUUGAAAGAAUUAAAUCAUGAAAAUACAACUUCCUUAAAAGCUUUAAAUGUUAGGACGUUAGAUCUCACUAAUAAUCAGAUAUCUGUGAUACCUGACUCCUUUUUCCUCACUGUUUCUAGAUGUUUAUUACACUUAUUUUUAUCCAAAAACUAUAUUUCCAAUCUUCCAUUAGUUUCGCUGCCGACUCUGCAAGUAUUGCACUUAUCUCAUAAUAAUUUUGAUAUUGUGGAUCCGACAGUUUUUGAAUGUUGCUCCAGUGUUCAAAUACUGUUCUUGAAUCAUAAUAACAUAUCAUAUAUUGCUGACAGUGCAUUUUUACGUAUGGAACAUCUCAGAAUUCUGGAUUUAAGUCACAACAAAAUUUCCGUUCUUCCAGCAGAUGUCUUUGCUCAGACUGUAUUAGAAAAGUUAAAUUUAUCCCAUAAUAAUUUCUUACAUCCACCAUCUUUAAGUUUAAUACCAGUUGCCAAAACUCUUAGACAUCUAGAUUUAUCAUUAAACAGUAUUGAAAAUAUAUCUGCCCAUAGCUUCCGAAGUAUGAACAAACUGCAAGCCUUAAAUUUGUCUUCCAACCACAUAUCUUCUCUUCAUGAGCAGAGCUUCCACGACUUAAAUCACUUAAUAAAGCUAGACAUAUCUCAUAACCCUUUGCAAAGAAUUUUAAAACAAAGGCCUUUCGGUUCACUGACAUUUUUAAGAAGUCUAAAUCUGCGUAAUACUAGUUUACUCUCUGUGUCACAUUUAUCUCUUCCUCAACUCAAUGUUUUAAGUUUAAAAGAUAAUUUUCUGUACAACCUAUCUCAGCAAGUAUUCGAAAAAUCGCGUAAUGUUCGUUAUUUAGACUUGUCUGGAAAUUUAUUACAAGAUGUCCCGAUGCACCUGUGGGAGAAAAUUAGAAAACUAAUAUAUUUGGAUAUAUCCAGCAACCCUAUUGAAGUGCUUGGUGUUAACAGCUUUGUUGGCCUGGAGAAACUUCAGCAGUUGGAUAUAAGCUUGCUGCUUCUUAAAAGACUUGAUCCAAGAACGCUUCAUGGGCUAAAAUUUUUGACUACCUUCAAAACAGAUUCCUACGCUUCUGUGCGUUCCUUCCGUCUUCAAGAUCUUCUCUCCCAUGCAUUCGCCCUUCGAAAAGUUACGGUCAACAUAGAAGAAUCUACUUUGUCUCAUCAAGUGCAAAGAGCUUUCGGAACCAAACUGCGAGAACUGGUCAUCACUGGUUCAAAUUUGCAAAGAAUCCUUCCUGACGCAUUUUCAGGAUUAUCCACUCACGAACUGACAAUUCGGAUUAGCGGAACAAUGGUCAGCAAAUUUCCUGAUGGUUUAUUGCGUUAUUUACCAGAUGUACGUUACUUAACUUUGGAUCUAAGGAACAAUCAGCUAACCACCAUGGGGCCAGGUGUCUUGGCUGCAGUUACAAGAGACGGGGAAGAUGUUCAUCAGACACAGCAUAUAACGGGUGGAGUCUUACUGGAAGGCAACCCAUGGAAUUGCAGUUGUGACCUUUUAUGGCUGAGCAGAUGGUUAAGACGGUGGUUGCGAGAAACAUUCCAUGUUCAUAUGCUCAGUGUAGAAGCAGCCCUGUAUGUUAACAGUGUAUCCAGGAAAGCUACUUGUUCCAUUCCUGGCAUGAACACAAGCCUCGCCAUUGUAGAUUUACGACCAUCAGAUGUUGACUGUGAAAAUGUUGCCAGCAAACACUCAAAACUAUCACCAUCAUUUAUAAUGUGUGUAAUAGUUUUAGGUAGCCUCUCUUACAGUUAUCUUUACUUUGCUCAAACAGUUUUUAUCUCACCACCUGAAAUGAAUUUCCUUUGACAGAGGUAUGUCCUUUGACAGAAAUAGGAUUGUCAUGACUGUAAUUUAUAUGUAAGUAUUAUGUUUCGUAGAAUAAAUAAAAAAAAGUGUUACAUGGAUUCUCAUUCAUGGUAACCGUAUGUCCAUUCAUACGGAUCUUCCCAAGAUGUGGUUGUGCCUGUGAUUCAAGCUCAUUGAUUUUGAACUUCAAGCAGUUUUUUAAUUUUGUUUUAUAGUAGCAUUCAGGACAUUUCGUUUCUUUGAUAAUUGCUUUACGCUUAUGAAAACAACCAAAAACUGCGUACUUGUUUAUUUGUUAUCGAAGAAACUGAAGAUGUAUUAAGUUUCCAAUUUUUUUAGGAAAAGGCAAAUUUCAGAGAUUCAUUCGCUUUAAAGUAUUUCUUUUAUCCUAAUACAGAUUUAAUGAAAAAAUAAUGAACUAAUUUGUUAAAUUUUCAUAGUUUAAAAUGUGUUAGAAAUAUAUAUUUCCAACUUUUUAUACCAAUACAAGAAUUUGACUUUGCCACUACUAUCCUUAGAUAUGUCUUGUAGAAAUAAUCAAAGCUGCGGGAAUUGUUCUCAUUAUCCAAACUUCCUGCAUUAUGUAAUUCCAAAUGAGAACAAAAAGAUGAAUGGUGCUUUUCAUAAAUCAAAACUCCUUUUUUGUGUUGGAAAAUGGUCUCCGAACGGAGGACAACCUCUUUGAAAUCUACAAAAAUAAAUCGUAUUUCGUUUUAUUUUCAAAUCAUAUUUGCUUCUCAUUUGCUUUCAAAAACUUUCAGUAGGCAUAGUUAAUGUCUUGCAUACUUUCAUAUAAAAAUGUAAACUGCUAGGCAAUUGCUAAAGACUGAUAAAAAACUCACGCCAGCAACCACAAAUAAAAGAGAACAAAAUAAGAAAAAUCGGAAUAUGGGCUGGAUACAGGAGACCAAGAUAUGACAGGAAACCACGAUUGCUUGGAACUAUUUACUAUCCACCACACACAGCUAAAGGCUGGUCUUGCAGACUUGAGACAUUUAUUUAGAAAGUCAAAUUUUACAAAUAGUUCUUUUAACAUACAAUUUUGUUUGCACACAGUGCCAUAAUGUGUGGAAUACAGUAAGAAGAGGUGUGAAUAUGCAAAUUUUCAUUUUUUUCCUUUUUCAUCACCUGAUAGCUCUCGUGCGAGCAGUUAUUUCACUAAGUAAAGUUUUGCAAGGAAGAUUUAAUUGAAGAUCAUGAAAAUAUCAGUACGUCACUUAGAUGAUUUCACGUGUGGCCGUAUGAUUGAGAAGAUCGAAGAAGGGGCGAAAAAUACACAUUUGUUACCAGGAAGCUCAUCACCAUCACAGCGUUGUUUCAUAACUACGGAAAGUAACUGAAACAACUGGAAUGUGUACCAGUCUCAUGGGGAGGUGGUGUUAGAUGUACGACUAUCGCAGGAGACAGCAUAUUGCUGUAUCGGCCAAACGAAACCGGCUCUCCACAGCUCAGAAGGUGGCGAAUGAGUUUCUUACUGACAUAGUUUCCCAAAACACUGCAACCAGAAGUUAGGUAAAAGACGGAGUAUGCACCCGUAAAAUUGUUGUGUGUGUUCCAUUGUCCAGACAGCACCGUACCGCCCGUUCCAAUGAUAUCGUGAGCAUUGCAAAUGGAUUAAUAAGUACUAGGUUUGCAUACUAUUCUCAGACGGAACUAGAUUGAGUUUAUCAUCAGAUUGUAGAUGCCAAAUGAUCUGGCGUCAUAGUGGUACUGCUUAUCAUGAAGAAAAAUAUUCAUAUCGUCAUUACAUGAGUCUGCUGCAGGACCAAUGGCCGCACGCUCUUGCAUGUGGUUGCAAGAGCUGGUUGAGCUAUAACUGGUUGACGAUACACUGAUGAAAUGCUGCUGCCUCGUGUUCGCAUUUUCCAUAGUACUUUCGGUAAUGUAUUUCUUUCGAUGGACGACAACCGCACUAUGCCAUCUAGUACCCAGUGUUCAUGAUUUUUUUUAAAAAAGAGAAUAUUCAGCUCCUCAUAUGGCCAGCGCGUUCUUCAGAUCUAAACCCAACUGAAAAUUUUUUGGAUGCUCUGGCAAGGUAACUAGCUGGUCGAAAAUAUCCUCCAACGAAGAACAUCCUCAUCUGUGCAUUGACAGGGGAGUGGGAUCAUUUACCUCAACAGUUGUCUGAUAAUGCCCUGCAAAGCAUAUCCCGACGCGAAGAAAGGAACAUCGCACUCUAGAAAGACAUGUCCCGUACUAACACCUUUUUGAAAAGUUCCUUCUGUAGUUCAUACGCACUUUUCCAUUUCUCCUUGCACAAUAUCAAAAGAACACCUUUCUAUGUUUGAAUAUUUAAAACCUUUCUUUAGCUUCCUGAAAAAUAAAUAUC